AUGUUGGGAACAACGACCGCCUCGACGAGCGCGUCGAGGACGAGCAACAGGAGCGCCUCGUCUUCUGUCUCUUCGUACUCUUCGUCUGUCUCUCCUUCUUCGGUUUCGUGUUCUUACCGGCGGAAAAGAUUAACGAGAAGAACGAAAACACGUCAGCAGCCGAUCUCCUCCGCGCGCGAGAAAACCACCGCGACUUCUUGGUCUUCUUCUUUCACUUCUUCUUCGGCGAGAAGCGGCGUAAACGACGGCAGAAUGAAUUCCUGGACGAACUGCUCGACGAGUUCUUCUUCUUCUUCUUCUCUGUUUCUUAGUCGUCCUCGCGCGACGAGAGAUUACGACGGAAGAGGAUGUGAUGAGAGUUUUUCUGCGUCGAGACGAGAUCAAAUCGUCGUCGUCUCGGAGGCGAAACUGCGAAACCGAAAAAAUAAACAUCGAACGCGUGCGAUUCUUCCGGACUCGAAUACCUCAGCAGAGACAGCAAAUAAUAGCAGUAGCACAAGCAACGGAAUCGAACAGGUGGAAGGCGCGCAACCGCUGGACGAAACGUACGCGAUUCCGGGCGUCCCGCCUCUCGCGAGCGACCAAGAGGCGAAGAGAGACGCCGUGCGAAGAGUGUCUCGGUUGAGCUCUUUAGUCGCGUUGAAAGAUUUGUAUCGAGAACUCAUCGAAGCGGCUACUUUAUUGGAAGAGCUGAAAGAUUUCGACGCGACGCCUCUGCAGGAUGAUUUGAAAGGGUCGUUUGAGUACUCCGAUACGAGCGGCGGCCAAUCCUCUCAACAAGACGGGGAAACCGUGGUGAGUUUAGAAAAGAGAUGUUCCAACUUUGAAGCGGUGUUGGAGCAAGUGGAGAAUAUCUUUCAAAGUCGCGAGCGGUUGCAAGAGAAGCUUGGGUUUAUGGACGCGCCUUUGACCGCCCUGACGACGAUGUUGACGUCGUCUUUGAAGUCCUCCAACGACGAGGACGAUAUUGAAGACGCCUUAUCCGCGAAGAAGAAUAACGCGUGGGAGAUUGCGUUCGACGAGGACAAGGCGAAAGAGGACAAGGAGGUCGUCAUCGAUACUGUCAAAAAGUACGACAAAGAGUUGGAGGCGCUAGGGAACACAUUCAUGGAGAAGUGCGCAUUCGGAACGGAAGUGCAAGCGGUGAGAGAUCGAUUGGAACGCGUGAAAGAAUACUCAAUCGACGAGCAAAGUCCAGGCGAGUACGCCGGCGGCGACGGCAUGGGAGGAUACGGCGAAGGAGGUUCGAGCGAAUCACCGAGCUCUUCUCCCACAAAACUUCGCAGACCGUUAGUGAGAACCGUCGAACGCGUGGAGCGAUCGUUGAAAUCACCGAGAGUAAAGAACGUCGUCAAUAAGGUUUUAGAACCGGAAGUGAGAAAAUCGGUGAGAGAAAAGCCGGGUCAAGCUAUUCAAUCCGUGGCGAGUUAUUCCAAAAACGUCUGGGUUCGCCUCAACGGUGGCGACCCAGAGGACGAGCUAGACGCGUCCACCGCGAAGCUCGCGCAAGGAGUAGUCUUGAAUCUCCCGAAACCGAAAUCGUUGAAAACGGAGAAGGAAAAACUCAUCUUGCGCUUAUUGAUGAAAGUGCAAGACCGAGAUAAAAUGUUUCUGGAAGUCAUGAAAGCACGAGACGCGAUCGCCAAGGAAGGCAAAGACUCGUUGUCUCGCGUUCGUUUGGCGGAAAAAGUCCGAAAGUCUGAGGAGCGAGUUUCUUUAAUGCGUCGCGUGUUUGCCGUUCGAACGUUACAAACGGAAAUGGAGAAAAUUUUGGUCGCUUUAGACGACGAGGCGUGCGAAGCGCCCGAUCGAGCCAGUUUAAGUGAAUUGGGUUUGCUCGUCGCCGAGUUCGGUAAAAUGGACGCGCAGUUACGCAAGCUCGUCAGUUUAGUCGAUCGAAAAGAAGUAUUUUUAAUCGAAGACGAAGUUUUGGCGCAACUCGCGGAGGAUAUCCCGGAUAUGAAGUCUCGAUUAGGCAUCCAGGACGGCGGCGAUUCGCCGGCGCUCUCGUUGGAAAUCCAAACCGAACGGUUCAAAGCUUCCGUCAACGACGCCGGGUCGAAAUUGAAAGAAGGCGCGUUGUUCCUCUUCCGCGGGUUCAAGCUCCUCUUCUCCGAUUUAGGCGCCACCGGCCGCCUUUUCGGCGUCGCCUUGUUAGGCACCUCCUUGAAACCUCGCGAAGUCCAAACCGUUCGCCAAACGUUUUUGGAUCUGUUCACCUUCAUUCCUUUCAUCAUCAUCCUCAUCACCCCCAUCACGCCGUUAGGCCACGUGUUGGUGUACUCCUUCAUUCAAAAAUACUUCCCAAUGCUCUUUCCGUCGCAGUUCACCGCGCGAAGACAAGCUUUGAUGCAAAAAUACGACGAAUUAAGAGCCGAGUUGAAAGAAGCUCGACGCAUCGCCGAACAACGCGAAGAGGACGACACGGUGAAAACCGCCAUGGCCGCGGUCGCCUCCGUGAAAGGAUUAAUCGAACACAAAGAUCGCGCCGAGUUUUCCGACAUAGACGAUAAAAUGGCAAACAUGAGCGUCGACGAUGGAGACGACGAAAGCGAAAGCAGCAUCACCGGAUAG